AUGGCUUCAACUACGUUGUUAGGAAAGCUCCGCGAGCUCAGUGCGGUUGACUGUGAUACACUUGACGGCGAAGUGGCCAAGAAACUGGGACCCUUUGUGGACUGCACUUCAAAUCAGGCCAUUGCCUUCUUCGAACUUACCAAGACGGGACUUGGUGCUACCCUCACCCAUGAGCAGCUUAUCAAAGACAGUAUCCGAGAUGCGCACUGGAUGUUGGCUCAGCAGUCCGGUGUGACUCUAGAAGAGCUCGCCGUCGACUUUGCCAUGGUUCGACUGGCACUCGACAUCGUGCCCAAUUUGACGGGCUAUUCGCAUAUUCAAACCAACCCUCGGUGGUCAUACAAUGUACAGAAAACCAUCAACAACGCAGAGAGGAUCGUCUCUAUCUUCAAGCAUCUAGCGCCUUCCUACGACACGAAACGUGUUUGCAUCAAGAUCCCGGCGACGUGGGAAGGUCUGCAGGCUUGUCGUGAGCUUGAAAAGCGCGGCAUCGCUACGUUAGCGACUACAAUGUUUUGCAUGGAACAAGCUGCGCUGGCGGCUGAGGUCAACUGCACUUACAUCGCGCCAUAUGUUAAUGAAUUGAAAGUUCAUUUUGAGAAAGACUAUGUUGAUGGAAACAAGGCCUUCACUUUCUGUGGUGUGGCUCAGCAAUAUUACCGCAAGAUCGGAGCGAAGACUCGAGUCCUGCCCGCGUCUCUGACCUCCAUCGAUGAGGUCUUAAUGCUGGCAGGCGUUGACCAUAUCACCGUUUCUCCGCCACUUCUUGCCCAGCUAUCUGACACGCCUCUUGAUGGUUAUGAGGGAGAUAUAGGUUCAGUCUGCAAGACGGCAGGAAAUCCAGCAGACGAAGACUACGCGGCGAUCCUUGAAGACGAGAGUGCUUGGCGACUAGCUUUUACACGCAGUGGCAGGGGUACGAGCGAAGGCAAAAUAAUACAGGCUAUCAACAUCUUCUACGAGAUGCAGUUGAACCUAGAGGGGAUGAUCACGAAGUUUGACACGGCAGUUUGA